AUUCUAUGUUAAUUUGCAAUGGGUGUGUCUUUCCUGGUCCUGCAUAUUAAAAACUGCUUCCUCGACCAAGAAUCAUUGCAGCAUCUUUGAGACCAGCGUGAAAGUAGACGACUCUGCAUUCAUCUAAACUAAAGAUGGCCGUCCUGUGUUGGGUGGUUCUGGGUCUCUCCGUCUUCCUAUCACCUCGAAGCAGCUUAGCGGCCGUAGACCAGAGCUGGCUAACAAAUAUUGUCGAAAACAUCAGAAAUGAGUAUCCACUAGGUGACACCUACACUGUGGCUUUGAACAUCCCUGUGAACCAAGAUCCAGAAAGUCUAACAGAAGUUCUCAACGAUGACCCAGAAGAUAAAGUUAAACAAACUGUCUCACAGGGUCAGGUUUACCAAGGCACCAGGGUCGUUGCAGCUACCCAGUCAGAUGCAUUGGCCCGUGUUCUGCAGAAAGUGGAACCUCUCAUAAAAAGCAGUGCGGGUAACGCCCUCAUAGUCUACUCUGAAGGAUAUCUAAAGGCGAAUGGCAUUGACAGCCAGAUUUCUAAUAUUAUUCAGAACUGGGGAAGCUAUGCUUUUGUGUUUUCUAAGGUAGCUAGUGAUGCUAAUAAUAACGUGCUGAAUAGGGAUGAACUAUUUAAGAGGCAAGCAUUUUCAAAGUUUGGGCUUGAAAAUAUCUUCCGUUGUUAUGAGACAGGUGAUUCUUUUCAGUGCACAAACUGCAGAAAUGGUAAUGGUGUUGCCCCCUCCUGUGUUCAGGACGAAAUGCAAUCAAAUGAGGAAGAAAAAGGGGUAGAAAUAGGUUCACCUGAUACAGGCUUCUUGGAAAACAUAGGUGAAAAGCUGAACGAAGAAGGUGAACAAGGGGAGCUGGAGCAAGGUAGGGAGGUGGAAGUAGGAGGUGAAGAUGUAAAAGGUGGCAGGAUAAGAAAAGGUUGUAAACGUGGAAAAGGAGGCAGCAUGAGAGAAGGUCGUAAAAAUGGAAAGGGUGGCAAGAUGAAAAAAGGUUGUAGACAUGGAAAAGGUGGCAAGAUAAGAAAGGGACGUAGAGGUGGAAAAGGUGGCAAGAUAAGAAAGGGACGUAGAGGUGGAAAAGGUGGCAAGAUAAGAAAGGGACGUAGAGGUGGAAAAGGUGGCAAGAUAAGAAAGGGACGUAGAGGUGGAAAAGGCAGCGGGAUGAGAAAGGGACGUAAACGUGGAAAAAGUGGCAAAAUGAGAAAGGGAUGUAGAGGUAGAAAAAGUGGCAAAAUGAGAAAGGGAUGUAGAGGUAGAAAAAGGGGCAGGAAAGGAAAGGGACGUAGACGUGGAAAAAGUGGCAGGAAAGGAAAGGGACGUAGACGUGGAAAAAGUGGCAGGAAAGGAAAGGGACGUAGACGUGGAAAAAGUGGCAAAAUGAGAAAGGGACGUAGAGGUGGAAAAGGCAGCGGGAUGAGAAAGGGACGUAAACGUGGAAAAAGUGGCAAAAUGAGAAAGGGAUGUAGAGGUAGAAAAAGGGGCAGGAAAGGAAAGGGACGUAGAGGUGGAAAAAGUGGCAGGAAAGGAAAGGGACGUAGACGUGGAAAAAGUGGCAGGAAAGGAAAGGGACGUAGACGUGGAAAAAGUGGCAAACGUAGAGGCAAGAGAUGGGGGUAA